AUGGGGCGUUCUCAAGGUCAGUCAGAGACAGCUGAGGGCGUGGCCAGCUGCUGUGGGCUGGGGCUGAAAAGCGAGUUUGUGAUUGGCCAGAACGGAAAGGAGGAGCUAAAUGUUGUAUGUGCAGCUAAGGCUGGAUGCUGUGAGGGUCUCCGGGAGGUGGUGGAUCAGUCGUCCAGUAGAGUCUCCUACUCCUUGUGUGUGCCGGACUCUCUGAUUCAGCAAGACGUGGUAAGUCGCAGUGUGUUACUCCUGUUGUCGGCACCCCAGUGUGUGCGCCAGACUCUUUGUUCUAGCACGACACAGUAA